GUCGAUUUGGCUGACGGGCGACGGCAAAUCAUCGACAAUGUUGGCAGCACCGAGCCGAGCAGCCUGUCGAGCAUGCACACCGACGAGAGUGGCCAUGUCCCUCGUGUCACACCGUGCACCGGUAGCGAGCACCUCUCAAGUUCAGCCUGCUCGACGGCCAAUUGCCACAUCGACUCUGUCGCCCUUGCGAUCAAUUCGACGCUACCGUCCAUCCAAGCUUGGCCGGCCACAGCGACGCAGUCUCUUUGUACAGACCGAGAACACGCCCAACGAAGACUCGAUCAAGUUUGUUCCUGGCGUGCCAGUAACGACCAACGGAUCAACUCACGAGUUCACCACGCCUACUUCUGCUCUCGUCUCCCCCCUAGCCGUCUCGUUGUUCAGUAUCAAUGGCGUCAAGUCGGUCUUCUACGGACCUGACUUUGUCACCAUCAACAAGGAGCCAGAAGCUUCCUGGGCACUCAUGAAGCCUGAGAUCUUUAGCUUUCUCAUGGAACACUUUACUGCCGGUACGGAUCUCUUCCGAUCCGGUUCAGCCGAAUCACAAGGUCUCGGACCGGAAGAUACGAGGAUCCUGCCUGACGAUAGCGAGACGGUCGCCAUGAUCAAGGAAUUACUAGACACGCGAGUCAGACCGGCCAUCCAGGAGGACGGAGGGGAUAUUGAGUAUAGAGGCUUCAUUGAGGACACUGGCAUCGUCAACGUCAGCCUCAAAGGAAGCUGCAGAGGCUGCGACUCGAGUACCGUCACGCUCAAGUCGGGCAUCGAACGUAUGCUCACUCAUUAUAUUCCAGAGGUCAAAGCAGUCGAGCAAGUGUUAGGCGAGGAGGAGAAGGUCUCUCUUAGCGAAUUUGAGAAAUUCGAAGAGCGACUGCGUUCGGGCGGCAAGACAGUCUCGAUCUAGCUAGCAGCGGCUAUUGUUCACAGAUGCGAAGUAUUGCAUCAUGCACAGCAACAACAUCUGCAAGAUUCGCACUGAAAGGGUCCAUAAGGAUAUCUAUUGCUGGCGCUGACGCUUGUCAAACUGUUCGCUUUCGGGGUACGAGCCUCUUGACAUGCUUGAGACCGGGUGCAGUGUUCGCUUGAGAUGAUCCCGCGUUUCGAAGAUUGGCUCUUCCCGAACAGGCGCACUGCUCUGUCGAGAUGCUAACGGAGAUCUUGCUGGCGAUGUGGCUCUGUCGCCUUGCCCAUCUAACCGGGCCUCGUAAUGCCGUCUUUCUUCGUCUCGCAUAGCAUCCACAGAUCGUGCCGAGCUUUGCUGUGGUGAGCCAUAGUCAUCUGU